UCGACGCACUGUGUGGCGUCCUCUGCCAAUGUUGUUUACCCGGCUUCGUUUUUCUUUUGUGGGUUAACCCUCCGAUCGAAUCGCCCCCCCCCCCCAACCCCCCUGGAAGUAAGCGAUUAAAGUAAUUAAAAAUGACAUCCAGGGGCACACCGAGUCGCUUCCUGAAAAGCGUCCUCCAAAACGGCGUAGGUCGUUACGUGUGCCAGCUCAAGCGGAUCUCCAUCAUCUUCUCCAAAAAGGGCCAAAGCUCGCUGGGUGUCAGGGACUUUAUUGAAGACGGAGUGGUGGAUUACGCCAAAAAGAACCUUGGAACCGUCGUGUACGUGUCCCCACAGCCGUGCCACAAACCCAGAAUAGUAGCUGAAUACUUAAAUGGCAACGUGAGGGAAGAGAUUGUGGCGAGCAAAACAUCCUCGCAGGUCUCCGAGGUUUUAGCCAAGCUAACCAGUCAGUCGGGCCUUGAUGUGAUCCGCAUUCGCAAGCCCUUCCACACGGACAACCCCAGCAUCCAGGGCCUGUGGCAUCCCUUCACCAAUCGCCCUCUCGCCCCUCGAAAUGAUGACAAAGUGUGACUUUUCUAAACUGCUUCUAUUAAAUAAAGUUUUUGUGUACAGUA